CAUAAUAACUUAACAUUCAUGAUAAAAAGUAUGAGGAAUCAAUAUUAUUGGAAAUGACAACUUACACUGAAGCUGAAGACUCUCACCUAGCCAUCCAAUAACAAAACAUUUUAUGACAUUUUCUGGAAAAAUGAUAUCAUUAAUCCGACAUGGAUUUGGAUGUGGGCGAGGAAGUUUGGUGUGUCUUUCUAAAACAAGUUCAGGAACACAGAUGGUAGCAACCCGAUGUCCAGCCUUGUUACAACGGAAUGCUAGCCAUAGAAAAUCUAUCUCUUUACAAAUGAUGAGCACUUCUGUAUCUAGAACAGAUGUAACACCCUCAAGUAUACUCUUGUUAAUUGUUCCAAUAUCAACUUUUUGCUUGGGCACAUGGCAAUAUCAGCGGAGGAAAUGGAAGCUAAAUUUGAUUGCUGAACUAGAGGAGAAGACCAUGACUCCACCUGUUGAUCUUCCUCAAGACUUGUAUGAAUUGAAUGACUUGGAAUAUCAGCGAGUCAAACUCACAGGUACAUUUGAUCAUAGCAGAGAAGUCUUCUUAGGUCCUCGUCCAUUAAUGUUGGCGGGGACCGGACAGAGAGUAAGUAUGAGUUUAGAAAUUUUGGUGAACCGAGGGGUGGCAAGAAAAUACAAAAACCCUGCAUCUCGAUUAGAAGGUCAAGUGAAAGGAGAAGUAAGCCUAACAGCCGUCGUCCGCAAGCAUGAAAACAGGGCACCUUUUAUGCCAGACACUUCAAAAGGAUCCCUUAUCUUCACUUUCAGGGAUGUGACUACUAUGUCUGAAAUGCUAGGAACAGCGUCGGUGUUUUUAGAUGCAGUAGAAACGUUCCCAGGCGGACCAAUUGGGGGUCAGACACGAGUCACACUUCGCAAUGAACAUCUCUCAUACAUGUUCACAUGGUAUAGCUUGAGUUUAGCAACAGCUUUCAUGUGGUAUCACCGUUUCAUCCGUGGAAAACCUCUGAUGUAAACAAGAAAGGUUCAUUAUGCUCUGGAACCAUGCUGUAUUUAUUAAUAACUGUAAUAUUGUAAUGUUAUAACAAUAUGCAGUGUAGGUUAUAGAUGUUAGAAUAUUGUUCAAUUAUUGGUCUGAUUCAUUGAAGAAGAUCUUGAUGGCCUAGUUUUUUUUUUUAUUACCAUAUUGACAAGAGCAUUUCCCACUUUACUUCAGUUUCAGAGGUGGUUAAAGUCCAAUCAUUUUUUAGUGUCAGCACACAAUAGCCAAAAUGAAAAUGUAUUUUCCUAUGAAAUUAUAAUUCUUUAUGUACUCAUGCGAAUCUGUGGCCUAUAAUAUGUUUAUUCAGCAUUUGCUGAAACUAAAUAAAAAAAUAUGUGUAAAUAUAAUAAUUGAAUCUGUAUGAACUGAUUUGUUUUCAUUGCACUUACCAAGAAUGUACAGUUAUACUGAUAAAAAGUCAAAAUAG